AUGAAGCCUGAAGCUUCUUCUGAGAUUAAGCAGGAAGCUGCUAAUAGUGCAGUUGAUCCAAGACCUGUAAAGGUACCUCGUAGAUUUUGCACCAUGCCUUCGUCGUCCUCUUCUUCAGCCACAACCCCUGCGACUACUUCUGGAGUCAAGCGUAAAGCCUCAUCAGAUAUAUUCGACGAGAUUUUUGCAGAAACUCCUCGAAGAAAUCAUCCAAGCUUCACGACUACAGGUAAUUCGUCUACAACACGCUCAGGGGACUCGGCACUCUUUUCAGACUCAAGUGAUAUUUCUGUUGCCAGCUCGGGCGAGAGAAUCGCGAGUUGCAAUUCUUACGCCGUAAACAUCGGUGAUACAAAAGUAAAUGUACCCGGCUCCCGAAAGAGACCUACGACUGAGUUAUACAUCAAGAUGGUGGUGGGCCCAAGAGCUAACAUAGUUGUUGGUCCUGAGAAGAAAUCAUUUGAGCUACCAAAAGAUCUCCUCGCAUACUAUUCUCCGGUCUUCGAUAGAUCCUUCAAUGGAAACUUCAUAGAAGGUCAGACACAAACAAUGGAACUGCCAGAAGAUACUGUGGAAGAUUUUGAAGUUUUGGUGGAGUACGUUUUCCAUCACGGUGUUGGCGACAAACUAUCCAUUUCGGAAAAUGGUCGACAUGCCGCUAAACGUUGUAUUUCUUUCUUAAAGUACGCGGAUCAGUACGACCUUGGAGAUGUAAGCACUUUGGUAUGCGACGCUCUUCGGUCAGCCUUGAUAGAGAGUGGUGCAUCGGCUUUCGAACCUAGCCUCAUAGAAGUUGUUUUCUCGCUCACAAAAGAUGGCAAUUGCUUGCGAGAAUUGAUUGCAGAUGCUGCGCUAUCAUUCCAAGGGGAGAAAUUGAGUGUAUAUCCAGAAUUUAGGAAGGCCAAUUUCAAAAAGCAGGAGUCUGAGGUCGAGGGCUUUGCCGUGGCUCUUUAUCGCCAACUUACGAAAUUUUCCGUUGGCUGUAUGUAUCGACCUCCUUUCGACCCGUCAACUACAAAGACUUUUGAUUGA